AAAACAUAUCGUCAACACUAUCGAUUUCACAUUCAAGGUUGGAAAUUCGUAGGUGAAGUGCAGGUUUAUUUACCAAGGCACCUGCAGGAGUCGUAUUAUUGCACCUUGCCUCGAUGAUACGAGACAUGGCGGAUGACGAGGCCACUCAAGCAACGAAUAACGACGCUAGCGAAUGUAAAAGAAGUGCAGUACAACUUGGCUAUUGGACUGACAACUUCAUCAAUUUCUUUGUCAAACAACCCAGUCGCAAGGCACCCGAAAUCAAUCGCGGAUAUUACGCUCGUGUCAAAGGCAUUGAAGUGUUCAUAGACAAGUUUAUCAAGAUUACUGGAGGUAAUGGACAAAUUAUCAAUUUAGGUGCUGGUUUCGAUACUCUAUAUUGGAAACUAAAAGAUGCUGGAAAUAUACCGAUUAAUUUUGUUGAGCUAGAUUUUCCAAAUAUCACUGCAAAGAAAUGCUAUCACAUAAAGAAGCAUAAGCAACUUAUUGAUAGAUUAAAUACAGAAGACGGAGAAAUUAGAUUUUCUACGACAGAUCUUCAUGCUGCAAAUUAUCACUUGGUUGGUGCGGAUUUAAGACACCUAUCAGACCUUGCAAAUAAAUUGAAGCAGGCUGAAGUUAAUUUCAGUCUUCCUACCUUGUUCCUGGCAGAAUGUGUAUUAGUUUAUAUAGAUUCUAGUGCCACCUCCCUUUUACUUAAAUAUCUUGCUGAAAUAUUUUCCAAUUCUGUUUUUAUUAAUUAUGAGCAAGUUAAUAUGAAAGAUAAAUUUGGACAAGUAAUGCUUUCUAAUUUGCGAAGUCGAGGCUGUAUGUUAGCAGGAGUGCAAGACUGCGAAUCUUUAGAAUCCCAACAGAGGCGUUUUACAAUAAACGGUUGGAAAAGUUCCUGUGCCUGGACUAUGGUUGAUAUAUAUGAUUCAUUACCUGCUACCGAUAAAUUACGUAUUGAGCAUAUUGAAAUGCUUGACGAACGAGAACUUCUUAUUCAGCUAUUGCAGCAUUAUUGUAUUUCAAUCGCAUGGAAUGGAAAUACGUUUAAAAAUUUUUCUACUAUAUAGGACUAUGCUUACCUAUAUUAAUCGAUUAGUUCGGAUGGUACUGCAGAAAAUAGUCAUGAGCUUAUUGAAUGCUGCUUGAAUUUAAAGAAUUGGAUGGUGGCAUCGUGUAAUUAACGAAGCAAGUCAGUUAUUUACUAAUAAGUUAUGUAACAUUUCUAAGUUCUACACAGAGUUAAUGAUUCAGUAGAGACUGAUCAUAUUUAAAGAUUAGAUAUUACAAUUUGAGAUGAACAGAGCGAGCAUUUAGUUUUUUAUUUAGUAAAGUACAAGAAAAUAAAUAAUA